GUUCAUAGCUCGACUGCUCUAGCUAUUUUGCGGGGUCAAAGGAUAGCCGCUCAAACACACAAGGCCGUCGAAAUAACCGUACACACCAUCGUAUAUCCUUUAGAUAAUGAGUCUCUACCGUUACAGCAAUCUUCCUAUUUCCGUCUCUAUAAAGACCAGAAGCUUGCUUCUUCGUACGACUAACUUGAGAAUCGCAUCUGACUGACAGUUGAUCGUCAUUCCAUCAUUCUCACCAUUGCUCUUAUCGGCCUCGAAUCUCCUCUAAGGAGGGCCAUCUCGGGCUAGCCAUUCCUUCAGAGCAGCACCAAAAACCGCGAUGGAGACUGACACGUCACCGAGCAAAGACGAGCUUCGUGCCCUACUGCAACAGGCAAGGGAGGCUGCAACAAAGGAGAAAGAGCGCGCGAAAAAGGUGAAAAAGCAGAAUCAGAACACUACGUUUGCAGAAUACCUCCGCGCUUGCCAUGACUCCAUUACGAUGCCCAUGACCAUCCAAACCAACCGAUCGCUCACUACCAAAGCAAGUAAAGCAGACCUGGCGCAAUACCAAAAGGCAGAAGUUGAGAAUCAUGUUGUAGAAAACUUUGAAAAGCUGCUUCGGCUUCCUGAAGACCUACGUCCAUUUCACCUUGGUGAAGAGAUCAUAUUCGAGAACCAUUCCAACACGGUCACAGAGAAUCCAGAUCAGAUGGCUCCCGCGCGACCUCCAGCGGAUCGACACGGUGUGUAUCAGAAAUCCGGCGAUACGCGGAGCUUGACUUAUAUUAUUGAAUAUAAAGCUGCGCACAAGCUUACUGAUGCCUUCCUCCGAGCUGGCCUUCGACCGAUGAACAUAGUGGAGGAAGUUGUCCAGCGGGUUACCAUACCAACAGACCCUGAUGAGAAACUUUGUUACGACGCUGCUUUCUUGUCAUGUGCCGCCGUUACACAAACCUAUGAGUAUAUGAUGAAGGCAGGCCUCGAAUAUGGCCUACUAACAAACGGUCAUAUGAAAGUUAUCCUUCGGAUCCCCGAGGACAAUCCCGAUGUACUAGAAUAUGACCUCCUUGAACCGAGCCGGGAUGCUGAAGCGAAGUCCACUGAUGGCUGUAAUUUCCGUUUCCCUUAUACGGCUAUUGGCUACCAGUUAAGCUUGACUCUCAUGGCAAUUCGAUCACCACAACGAAGCCAAGCAUGGCGGAAUAAAACCAUCGCCGCAUCAAGCAGAUGGGAAAUCGACUUUGAACGUGCACUUCGUUUGAUUCCAGAUUCAGAACGCAAGACAAGUCCCCCAGGCUCAGAAUACCGGGAGCCAAUUUAUCCCAUCAACAAUCGGUCACCACAUCUCUUACGCCGACUUGUUCGAGGUAAUCCUCGUCCCGUACAGCCCUAUAGGAGCCCAUCACGAGAUUCUUCAGGUGAAUCGGAUUCAGGCCAGAAACACCCCCUAUCCUCUCCGACUCAGGACCGUGAUCUUCACCGGAGAAAAUCAGAUGACCGGCGACACACUAUAUCCCGUGAUACUCUGAUCAAGCUUGUUGAACAGCAACUAAAUGCGGAUUUGGACUCCUGCACUCCUAUCGGAAAAGAAGGCGUACACGGCUCUAUCUUUGCCAUCCAAUCACAAUCACAUGGUUAUGCCAUGAUUGGGAAAGGUAUCGACCACCACUCAGAUCGUGAAGGUAUCAUCUACAGAAAACUUGAAUCCCUACAAGGAUUUGCUGUCCCCAUCUACCUGGGCGAUAUCAACUUGCAAGGUACCUAUUAUACCGACUCCGGACGAGAGAUUAUUCACAUCUCACUCAUGGCGUGGGGCGGCCGCGCACUCGAAGAGUCAGAUCGCCCACGAUUACAGCACUACAUUAAUGAGACAGAAGCUGAGGUCCGCGAAGCUGGUGUUUUGCAUCUCGACUUGCACAUGUCCAAUUUUCUAUGGAACAAAGAGGCAGCGCGAGUCAUGCUUUUUUUCUUUCAGCCGAGCAGAAAUUGAUCGAAAACGCAAAAGAUCGGAUGACCUGUCUGCAAAUCAACGCCGCAAGCAGCGUCUAUUGACCGAGCAUGUACACACUGCCCCCCGCUAUGCAUGCUAGUAGCGCUUGAAUGGCGAUGUUCUGGUCCGGGGAUUGCGGUUGGGUAUCAGUUUCUUUCAUGUUGAAUGCUCGUGAUAAUCAUGUUCGUAAAUGUUGUAGUAGUACCCUUUAUCUAGCGAUCAGCCACCUCACUACCUAC